GAUGCUAACAGCCUCCACAGACUGAGUACUGCUGAUAUUUGAGACGAGGGAGAUGGCUUCUUCUCUCCGAGUGGCUCUGUGCCUUAGCCUAGUAGCUCUGUGCUUUGCAGCUCCGAAAACAAAAAAUAUCCGCUGGUGUGUGAAAUCAGAAGAUGAGUGGAAAAAGUGUGAUGAACUAUCUAAAACCUGUAAGGUUCCUGAUAUCACGCUCAGCUGUGUGAAAACAACAAGCACUCUGGAAUGUUUCCAGAGUAUUCAGAAUGGAAAUUCAGAUGCUGUUGGUGUUGACGGUGGAGAUGUUUACAGAGGCUCACUGAAACCUUACAACUUGAAGCCCAUCAUUGCCGAAAACUAUGGCACUGAGAAAGAACCUAACACCUGUUACCUUGGAGUGGCUGUGGUGAAAAAAUCAAGUUCAUUCAUGUUUAAUGAACUUAAGGACAAGACAACAUGUCACACAGGAAUAGGAAAGAGUACCGGCUGGAAUGCUCCUAUUGGGGAACUCCUAGAUCGCGGAAUUCUGGACUGGGAAGGACCUGAAAUGGAAAGCAUUGAAAAAAGAGUGUCAAGGUUCUUCAGAGGGUCUUGUGUUCCUGGUGCGACUGAGCCAAACUUGUGUAAGCAGUGUGCAGGGAAAGGCAAAGAUAAAUGUUCUCGUUCUCCUGCUGAACCAUACUACAACUACGAGGGCGCAUUCCAGUGCUUGAAAGAUGGUAAAGGAGAAGUCGCUUUUGUGAAACAAACAACUGUACCAUCAGCUAAAUAUGACAAAGAAUAUGAACUGCUAUGUCUAGACAAUACCAGGAAACCUCUUGCAGACUACAAAUCCUGCAACUUGGCUAGAGUUCCAGCCCACGCUGUGAUUACGAGGGACAACGAUCCAAAGACUCCAGUCAUCAAAGAAUAUAUCAAACAAGCGCAGGAAAAGAAAUGCAACCUAUUCAGCUCCCCCUUUGGGAAGGAUCUGAUGUUCAAAGACUCAGCUGUGACUCUGAUAGAUCUCCCACCAGCCAUGGAUUCUUUGUUGUAUAUGGGAACUAAACAUUACCGCGCUCUCCAGGCGCUCAGGCAUGAGAAAACAAAGGUGAAACCAAACACAAUACGUUGGUGCACACAAAGCAAGCUUGAGAAGGAAAAGUGUGACAAUUGGUCUACAGUAAGUGGUGGAGCCAUUGAGUGCAGCGUGGGAACCUCUGCUGAAAAUUGUAUCCACCAGAUUCUGAAGAGUGAAGCUGAUGCAGUGACAUUGGACGGCGGAUACAUGUACACAGCAGGGGCAUGUGGAUUGGUACCGGUAAUGGGAGAAUAUUACGAUGCAGAAGAUCAGACACCAUGCAAGUCAAAGUCCACAAAAACAAAAGGCACAUAUGUCGCUGUAGCUGUGGUUAAAGCAAAAGACAAAGAUAUCACGUGGAACAAUCUCAAAGGCAAGAAGUCAUGUCACACUGCUAAGGAUCGCACAGCUGGCUGGGUCAUUCCUGUUGGCCUUAUUGUUAAUGAAACCAAAAACUGUGAUAUAGGGAGUUUUUUUAGUGAAAGCUGUGCUCCUGGAUCUGAUGUCAAUUCAAACCUGUGCAAGUUGUGUAUCGGUGAUCCUAAAAAAAAACUGGAAAAUACAAAAUGUUCUCCAAGUCCCAGAGAGGAAUUCUAUGGAUAUGAAGGGGCAUUCAGAUGCCUUGUUAAAGGUGGCGGUGAUGUAGCUUUUGUGAAGGGCAGCACUGUACCGGACAACACAGAUGGCAAAAGCACUGCAGAGUGGACAAAGGGCCUAAAGUCAACAGAUUAUGAGCUAUUGUGCCCUGAUGGCACCCGUGCCCCAGUAAGCGAUUACAAGAAAUGCAAUCUUGCUGAAGUUCCAGCUCAUGCUGUUGUUACCAGACCAGAAAGGAGAAAAGAUGUUAAAAGAAUAGUGGAUAAUCAGCAGUCUCUCUAUGGACGCAAAGGAUCCGAAAUAGACAUGUUCCAGAUGUUCGGUUCCUCAUCAGGGUCAAAUCUUAUCUUUAAGGAUGGCACGCAGUGCUUGAUAGGAUUUGAUGACAAGACCACCAUGAAAGAUGUUCUUGGCGAGAGAUAUUACACAGCUGUGACAAACCUUAAUAAAUGCCCCUCAAAGUCAGCGCUACUGUCUGCCUGCACUUUCCAUAGUUGUUAAAGAGCUACAGCAUUGAAGAUCAUUUAAUCUAAUAUCCAACUCAUUUACUUUUUCAUUUCAUUUUUCGUUUCUCUACAAAAAAUAAAUCUGUCGAUCUAGUAUUACAUCAUGUUUGCUUCUUAUAAUAAAAAAUUAAAUCUC